AUGGCUACACAAUAUCAUGACCAGACCAAUGUUUUUCUUGAAGAAUCAAAUACGGACACAUUACAUCGUUUAGUAAGACAUACCCGAAUCGGCGUCUAUGUCACGAUGGCCGAGCGGUUAAGGCGUUGGACUCGAAAUCCAAUGGGGUUUCCCCGCGCAGAUUUGCCAAUUUCAUUUAUUCAACUUCCAAACCGAAUCCACCAUUGGCCAGAUUGCAAACACUCUGUGCCAAGUAAGGCCGAGCUCCUAGUGUCUUCUGCUACCUUUGGAUACCCAUCGUUUGGGUUCACCUUCAUCAGCACGAUUGGUGUUUUCCCCUCAAAGCGAUGCACCAAUGGAAUAUAUGUUGACACUUCAUCUACCAAAUGGUUAUUACAAAUAUCUACAGAAACGAGGCCCCUGAAGCCAUCAUCAGCUCUUGCCCUACCUCUUCCCGAUGCAGCAAGCCUCCGCCUUGGUACGACUAGUCUCAUUGGGUCAAUGUGGGUUCAGAAUUUUGCCUCGAAGCAAUCUUCCAUUUCCGAACAAGAACUUAUUUAA